UGCUGCGGUUGAAAUAAGAUUCUACCCAAUAGUUAGGCUGUUGAGCACUGUGCACUCGUGACUGGCUUUUCACUCUACCGUGCCUUUUACGACUACAAAUAGAUCACUGAGCAUAUCUCUUAUAGCUACGGUCUCUGCAUCUGCAAUUUCACCAUACCCUUUUCAUAAUCAUGCAUCUCCUCAUAUAUAUCACACUGCCCCUCUUCCUAUUCAUCCAAGCAAGUUCUGCCAUGACGGACACCAUCUUAUCCGGCCAAUCACUUGCUGUCAACGACAAGCUCGUCUCCAAGAACGGCAGGUACGCGCUUGGCUUCUUCAAAACAAACAGCAGCAAAUCAUCCCAGGACAUUACCAACUGGUACCUUGGCAUAUGGUUCAAUACAGUUCCCAAAUUUACUUCUGCAUGGGUCGCAAAUAGAGAUAAGCCAAUCCAGAACACCACCUCACUGGAGCUCACAAUCUCCCAAGAUGGCAACCUCGUAAUGUUGAAUCAGUCCACUCAAUCAAUUAUCUGGUCAACAGAAGCAAAUAUCACAAGAAAUAGCACAACUGUCAUGCUGUUGAGUAGUGGCAAUCUCAUAUUAGUAAACUCUUCAAACUUAUCUGAAGUUCUGUGGCAGAGCUUUGAUCACCCCACAGAUACACUUUUCCCUGGGGCGAAACUAGGAUGGGACAAGGUCACCGGCCUGAACCGCCGUAUUGUUUCUUGGAAGAACUUGAUUGACCCAGCUACCGGUGUGUACUGUGAUACGUCAGACCCCAGUGGUGCCGACCAGUUCUUGCUUACACCAUUGAACUCCUUCAUACCAUACUGGUCGACUGGUCUAUGGAACGGCAAAUCCUUUGCCUCAGUUCCAGAGAUGGCAGGCAACAACAAUCUUUUCUGUUCGACAUUUGUCCACAAUGACCAAGAGAUGUACAUGAAAAUUAGUUUAGUCGAUGAAACUAUGGUUACUCGUAAUGUACUAGACAUCUCGGGUCAAUCAAAACUGUUCAUCUGGUCAGAGAGUUCACAGGAUUGGACAGUGAUCUAUUCCCAACCGAAAGAUCAAUGUGAUGUCUAUGCAAUAUGUGGACCUUUCACAAUCUGCAAUGUUAAUGUGUUUCCACAUUGCACUUGCAUGGAGGGCUUCAUCAUAGCAUCCCCCGAGGAUUGGGAUCUAGAAGAUCGAACCUCUGGGUGCUCAAGAAAUACUCCUUUGGACUGCAUUAGCAACAAAAGCACAACACAAACCACAGACAAGUUCUACCCUGUACCAUGUGUUAAGUUGCCCCAGAAUGCCCAAGAAGUAGAAGUUGCUGCAAGCGCGAGCGAGUGUGAACAAGUUUGCCUGAGUAAUUGCUCCUGCACAGCAUAUUCCUUCAACGAUGGCAGAUGUUACACCUGGCAUAAUGAACUGCUCAACAUAAAAGCCCUACAGUGUAGUGGCACUACCAAUUCAACUGGGGAAACUCUUUACCUUCGUGUUUCCGCUAAAGAUCUCAACAGAUUAAAAAACAAUAGAAAGGAGAUUGUUAUUGGAGUUGCAGUUGGUACAGCUGUUUCUGUUCUAGGCUUAUUUGCCCUCAUUCCCCUAAUAAUUAUUUGGAGAAAUAAAAGGAAGGGUUCUGGACAUAUACCGGAUGGUGUUCAAGGUUGUAAUGGAAUUAUUGCAUUUGGAUAUAGUGAUUUACAGCGUGCAACAAAUAAAUUCACAGGAAAGUUGGGGGAAGGCAGUUUUGGUGCUGUAUUCAAAGGGUUUAUAGAUGACUCAAUUGCUGUAGCAGUGAAGAGGCUUGACGGUGCUUAUCAAGGAGAGAAGCAAUUCAGAGCAGAAGUGAGCUCGAUUGGAACUAUCCAACACAUCAAUUUAGUUAAGCUUGUUGGUUUCUGUUGUGAGGGUUCUAAGAGGUUGCUUGUUUAUGAAUACAUGUCAAAUAGCUCUCUUGAUGUCCAUCUAUUUCGAAUCAAUCAUACACCGUUGAAUUGGACUGCAAGGUAUCAGAUAGCACAAGGAGUUGUCAGAGGGCUAGCCUACUUGCAUGAGAGUUGUAGAGACUGCAUAAUACACUGUGAUAUUAAGCCAGAAAACAUACUUCUUGAUGAUUCAUUUAUUCCAAAAAUUGCAGACUUCGGCAUGGCAAAGCUUUUGGGAAGGGGGUUUAGCCGAGUACUAACUACAGUGAGGGGAACUGUAGGGUACCUUGCACCUGAAUGGAUUGCCGGUGUUGCUAUUACACCAAAAGUAGAUGUUUAUAGCUACGGGAUGGUGUUGCUGGAAAUAAUAUCUGGAAAGAGGAACUCGUGCACUUCCAGUUCUAGUGGUGGCAACCUUGAUGUUUUUUUCCCCGUGCAUGCCGCACGCAAGCUUCUUGAGGGAGAUGCUGGAAGUUUGGUAGAUCAUAUGCUACAUGGUAAUGUCAAUCUGGAUGAGGCUGAACUGGCUUGCAAGGUUGCAUGUUGGUGCAUCCAAGAUGAUGAGCUUGAUCGACCGACAAUGGGACAGGUAGUUCAGAUUCUCGAAGGGCGAGUUGAGAUCGGGAUGCCCACAAUACCAAGACUGCUUGAAGCUAUGGCUGGGAGCACGCACUCACCGUGACCCUAAUCCUUUUGCAUGAGAGAAACUAGCUGGACUGAGUGUCGAGAUGAUCUAUUACAUAUGUCUACAUUUAAAAUUAUAGAUAUAUUUACUAUGCAAAUGUAGUGCCCAGGAUUGGAGAUGCAGUUGUAUUUCAAAUAAAGUUGUAAUGGUUUGUAUGUUGCCAGUACAAUUCUAUUUUUGUUUUGGAUCCAUAUGAACAUAGGCGCAUAAUAUAUUUCUCGAAUUUUUGAUCAUCUUAACAUUAA